AGGAAGUCAUUGGCAAAAAGGUUGCAGAGGCAGUGCGUGUGAAUCAGCGAAGGAAAACAUAGGCACCGAAAAAGUUGCAAAAAACUUGCUUAUCAUCGCUGAUACGCGGCUGCACAGUACGACUCGAACUUGCCACUUUGUCGCGCAGUGUUUUCCAGAAGCACAGUGUGAAAAUCGAAAGCUUGCAAAACAAAAAGAGCCCAAAAGCUCCUCGGGCAUGGAGUGUUGUGCUUGAUACGCCAAUCAAUCCUUUGCGCUGCGGAGGUGAAUGUUUUUGUUCUUUGGCCCGUGUUUAGAAAGUGAAUUGCUUAGAAAUGCAUUAUUAGUGUGAUAACUCGACGUCAAGUGCUCCUCCCAGUGGGACGAUCGUCAGUGUGUGCGUGCGUGUGUUCAGUUAGUGUAACUCAAAACCCAACUUCCAACGAAAGGGUGCGUUCUUUGUUUACAAAAUAGCUCGCUUCCCUCGAUCGGGGGAUCCCACUACCCCACUUCGGCCGUCUUCAAUUUCCAUCGGAAAACACGGAAAGAUAUUACAUUUCCACCAUUUCAUCUCUAAACCUGUUUGUGUUUGUGUGUGUGCUUAGCAUUGAACGGGAGCUCAUUAACCGGAAGCAACGUGAAGGAUUUCCGUUUGAACUGUUGCGUAGUAGAAAUAUCAAAACCCCUUCCCUUUCCCUGGGAACACACACGCACAGAGGUGGAGCUGUGCUACUCUGUUUGGCACGCUGUUCGUCUAAUACGUGUGCGCGCGCUCUCUAUCGCUCGGGUGUGAGAGCUCAAAAGAGCAGAAAGAGCAGGAGCAGCCUCUUGACCAGCCAAGGUCACGAAGCGUCACACUCCGUGAACAGGCAGGCUGGCUGGCAGGCAGGCCAAUCUCUGCAUGUUUACGUUUUUGCUGCGCCUGCUGUAUCGGAUGGAGAAGAAGCCUUCUGGCUGCCAGUAAAGCGCGCGUGUUUGUGUGUGUGUGGUUGUAUUUCUAUCGCUAAACUAAGCCCUUCGUUAGCCGUGUACUAUCAUCAGGCUCCAUCAAGGCCACAGCAGCCACGCGAAAACGCAAAAAAGAAAGCUGCUACCAGCCAACGGCCACCCGGAUUAUUAUCUCACUGCCUUUCUCCACCGUUCGACGUGCGUGCGUGUGUGUGUGGAUGCUUCGUACACUGGAGACAUCUUCCGAUCAACAGUAAACAGCAACCAUGAUGCAAGCGGAGGACACAGAAAGUCUUUCGUGGAUCAGCGAUAAGCCACUAACGACUGAUGGAUCGCUUGCAGCACAGCCACCGGAUGUGGUGUCCGGCCCGUUCACAUCACUUCCCCUCGAUAUGACCGAUACCGACGAUAUAGACGAUCUCCGGCGAUCUCCGGCGAUGAACGGUCCCACCGACCACACGAACAGCAGCAGUAAGAAGGAACGAAGCUUUCUGCUGAUGGACGAACAGGAACGGAUAUGUGUGCGAUCGGCGGAACAGUUCUGCAAGCGGCUGUCCGUAUCGCCCGACGCGAAGCUAAAAGUCGUUUCGAUCUUCGGCAACACGGGCGAUGGGAAAUCGCACACGAUGAACCACGCACUGUUUGGUGGGCGCGAUGUGUUCAAAACCUCAUCCGAACAGGCGUCCUGCACCAUGGGCAUAUGGGCCGCAUAUCAACGACAGAAGAACGUGCUGGCGCUCGAUACCGAGGGAUUGCUCGGCGAAACGGUGAACGAAAACCGACAAAUGCGCAUGCUGCUGAAGGUGUUGGCCAUCUCAGACAUCAUCAUCUACCGCACGCGGGCCGAACGAUUGCGCACCGAUAUGUACAAGUUUCUCGGCACCGCGUCGAAAGCUUUUACGAAGUAUUUUUCCGGCGCACUGCAGGCGCUCGAUUUGCCCGGCCCUCCGCAGGCACUCGGGCCGGCGGUGAUCAUCUUUCACGAAACGCACAACACGGAGGUGCUGAAGGAGGAUGACGAUGGCAAAAAGGAGGAGGACAUUCUGCGCGAACGGUUCGCCAAGCUGCGGCUGGAGCUGAGUGCGUUCAGCUCGCUGCGGUACGUUGGCGUGCGGACGGCCAAACCACCGACCAACUACGAACCGCUGCGGAUGGUGUGGGAGAAGGAGAUCCGCAAUACGGCUGUCCGCUCGCCCCGGUUGCCACGCGUCGUGUUCGAAGCCCUGCUGGCACUGAACAACAAGUUCAACGGUGAGCUUAGCCCACUGCCGUUCAAUGCCUUCCCGGAGCAGUACUUUACCUGUACGACCUACUGCAAGUCGUGUGAUGCCCGUUGCCAGCUGUCGAUGGGACAUCUCGAGCUGAAGGAGGAUCAUCGGUGCGGCGCCAGCUGCAAGUAUCAGCAUCAGCACGAGAACAAGGUGUACCUGUGCAACCGGUGCUACGUGAACGGGCGCCAGGUGGUGGUGAGUAUUAAGACGCAAAAGUCGACCGAUUCGUCGUGGAUGGGUUUGGCGCUGUACGCGUGGAGCGGGUCCGUCAUCGAAUGUCCGCACUGUGGCGAAAUUUAUCGGUCCCGGCAACACUGGUACGGCAACAAGUCGCCCGAGCAGAAUGCGGUCCGCACGGAAAUUGUACACGUUUGGAACGAUGGCGGUCUGCAGCUGCAAGGGCCAACCCAUUCGGCGCAGCUCGUGCUGGACGGUGUGGCCUACAUCACGGAUGCUAUGGCAAGCGUCGGUUCCCAGCCGACGAAGCUCGUAAAGUCGUGGGUAACGGACAAAAUUCGUCCUGCUUACUGGCGCCCGGACAGCGAGAUUAUUCACUGUAAAGGCUGCAUCAGCAACUUUGAGCGGCUCGGGUUGAAGAAACAUCACUGUCGUAGCUGUGGGGAAGGGUUUUGCAACCAUUGCUCCAAACACGAGAUGCCCGUACCGAUCCGUGGCUGGAACUAUCCGGUGCGGGUGUGCAACAGCUGCUGGAACGAUGGACGAAACGGGGGAACGAUGGGUGCGGACGGUCCCGCCACGAAUGGAGUUACAUCGAACGGGAACCACCACCAGCUAGAUCAACCACAGCGAAAUGCAGAUCGUGAACUUGAUGCGCAACAGCUUACUGACGAUGCUGACCACCUCCUCGUGACGUCUUCUUCUGCAGGCACUGGUAUCGACGAAGCGAACAACGUGCUGGUGCGGCGGUACGGUGAAGCGGUUAUUAACACGAUCACCAACAUUGGAGCCGUGCUGGAAUAUCCGAAAGACUUUAUCAAGGAAUCUGCCCGUCCCUCGUACUGGGUACCGGACGCCGAGGCACCGAACUGUUACAUCUGCGAGCUGGAGUUUGGUUCGCCGGAGGAGCUGAACACCGUUGCCGCCAAGCCCGUAGCAGCUCCGGCACCGUCCGGCACAUCGACACCGGCUGGCGGCUCGUCGCCGGCGAAGCGCGCCGAAAACGGUGGUGUGACGCGCGCCCCACAAACCACCAAGCGAUCUUCCCCGUCGUACCGUAGCGUCGAUCGGCGACGGCAUCACUGCCGGGCGUGCGGGAAUGCGGUGUGUGCCGGCUGUUCGGCAAACCGUCGCGCCGUACCGAAACGGGGCUGGUUGAGUGAUGUGCGCGUGUGCAACAGCUGCUACACGGCAGAAGAUUAGACGGAAAGGUUCCCCAUUUUGUUUCCGAGCUGUUUGUCCUUUUCCCUUCCGGUGGACAAAAGCCUUCACCCACGGUUAGCAAAUUAGUAAAGGGUAGCUUGCUUUUCGUUGUAGUGGAGAGGAUGUGUCGAUCAUUGCCUCCAAUUUCCCGCCCAUUCUUCCUACACCGAUACCCCCUGUUUGCAUUUCCAUUCCGGAAGGAAGGAAGUGUUAAGCCAAAAAAAAAAGCAAAACAACUCUACGCACUACGAUAUACGGGGUGCAGCAUGGCCACCAACUCUAGCUGGCUGGCUGCCGAACCACCAAAAAUUGUGAUGAUAUUUACUCUAUUUUUUUCACCUCUGUUUUAUUAGCGUUUAGUAGGCGUUGGAAUAUGCGCGCGGAUAGGUUUUUUUUUUUUUAAAUUGAAAUCGGUUCGACGGACGCGAUAGGACUUUGGGAAUGAAACAAUGAAGACUAGUAUUUUGUUGAUGAAUGAAUUGUGUAAGUGUAAUAGUGUGUACAAGCAUAGCUUUAAAUCGUUCUUGUUUCAUUUCGGGACUGAUGCCACCUCUGAUGCGCGUUUGGUUCGUUCGUUUUUGUUUUUUCGUCACUCACUUCCUUCAGGAUGGGUAGACUAAAACAGCCGAAUGCCAUGUUGUCCCUAGGGGAAACCUGAGAUGGUUUUAAAAAUCUACACGCAGUGCAAGUCCCUCCACGAAUCAAUAUUAAUCGGCCCGCGGGACAUAAAACACAGACAAACACACACACAAAACGGACCUUUCAAAACGGUUAUGCUGCCAUCGGAUCUUUACAUAUGUACUUGAGAACUCGUACUGUGCAAAAACACCGCCAUACAAGCAUGCAAUUGAAUAUAUAUAUAUGUAUAUGUAUGUCACAGAUCCCGAUUCACCUGUGGGGAGCUAAACACAGUGUAUGUGCGUAAUGUCGUAGUUAAGCUAAUUGAUCUUUCCCCCCCAACAGAACAGCGGCUCGAUCCGUCGCGUCUCGUGGCAUCUUACCUAUGUAUGGGCACGUCAAAACAUAUACAUAAAGCUACAAGAAGCAUACAUACAUCCAUAUAUAUAUAUUUCGAUAAUUCUUCAGAAGAACACCUCGAAUGGCACAGUUUUAGUA